UUCAAGUUGCUGAUGGAGAGGGUGUUUGGAGAUACAAUUUAAGACUCAAGGCUAACCAUAACAAUAAUUCUGCAAAUUUGGUUUUCUGGGAUGCUGUGAGCAAUCGUUUGAUUGGAAAAUCUGCUGGAGAUUUCCCCAGUCACUAUUAUGACAUGGAGAGGCUAUCACCUUCAGGCUGCCCAGAUGAAAUAAAAGAUUUGGUAGGUCGUGAGUUUGUCUUUAAAGUUGACCGUCAAUCUGGCUCCCCUUUAAACGGAAAGAGUUAUUCAAUUGGUAUGGUCUCAACCGAUCAAGAUAAAAUUGAGGAGCUUAAGUCUGUUGGAGCCAAUCAGUCUGGGAGACAGGACUAUAACUCUGAUGAGGAUCUUGAUUUACUUUUUUCUUCUCCAGUCACAGUUGAAUCUAAUAUAAGUUUGAAGAUGAAGAAAUGUUUGAUGACUCAAUUGAUGUUGACUUGGGUGAAUUUGAAAAUAAUGAUGACAAUGCUGAAUACUUGUGUUUUCAAACACAAGCAUAUGUGGAUCUUGGAGAUGCUACUCAUGAGUGCGAGUAUUGUGGAGCCUUAUUCUGGUAUGCUGAAAGGGUAAAGAGACAUUCUGUCAAGCAACGCCCAAAGUUUUCAAUGUGUUGCAAUCAAGGAAAUGUUGUUCUCCCUAACAUGCAGCAGCCCCCUAAAAUUUUAAAUGACCUCAUUUUUCGCUCUGAGCAUCGAAGUAAGCACUUUCUGGAUAACAUUCGUUCUUACAAUUCUAUGUUUUCGUUCACUUCGAUGGGUGGGAGAACGGAUAGAGAUAUAAAUAGGGGUGGAACACCUCCAAUAUUCAGAUUGAAUGGUCAAAAUUACCACAAGAUCGGUAGUCUUAUACCAAAUGAAGGACAACGUCCCAAAUUCUUACAGAUGUAUUUGACUGAUCCAGAAGAAGAGGUUGCAUCUAGAAUCUCAUCUGUGAGG